CAAUCGGUAAACCCCCCUGUUAAACUCCCAUAAGAGUUGUUGCAACAAUCAGUUGAUUCGUCGGAAUCGAAAUCGGGCAAUUGUGCCUACGAGAAUGUACUAAAUAUGGGGAAAAAUAGGAGGGUCUUUUUAUCAGGUAUACAUUCGACACUUUAAAAAGUUUGUUUACAUUGUGUACGCAGAACUUGAUUUAAGCGGAUUCGGUUCGAGGCGAGGCUUAUAACAAAUUACUGUGCUACAAGAAAUUAACGUGGACGGAAGAAUCAAAACUGUUACAGUUUCUAGCAACCCAGAGAUGAUUUAUCAUAAAUUAAAAUGUAUUUUACAGGAUAGCACCGCAAGAAUUGAGAAACCAUAUCUACCUUACGAAGAUGAGUUCCAAACUCGAAUAGAAAAUCUUAAUGCAAAGGAGAAGGUCAUUCUUAAAAAACAAUUCAUGCAACAUGAAUGGAGCCUAGGAAGCACUACAGUAUUAGCAAUAUAUAGAAAUGCAGAAAUAACAACGGUGUCAGAGUUUGUGUUGAGUUUGAAUUCCAGAGAAGAAAUACAACAGGUUAUGAAUGAUUUACUCGAAACUAAACACAUUCUUUUGGCUGAAUUGAUACAAGUUUCUAAUUUAGGAGUUAGUUACUCGGUAGCAAUCAAUGAAAUCUUGCGGGAAUGUUUUACCCUUGCUUUAAACGACUUACUGGAAAAUUCGGACAUUAUACCUUGCAAUUAUCUACGCCAGCUUCGACCCUAUCUUAAAGAUGUAGAGUUAAACGCACUGAGAAACCAACAUAUACAGUUGCUACUAUGCAAAGAUAUAGGUUGUACUUUAGAACAGGCCAUUGGUUUACAACAUAAUUGGAUUGCCGACAAUCAAAUAGGCACUAACAGCGUCCUGAACGAAUUGAUGCUAGAGAUGGUUCAGGACACAGCAAAUACCAUUGCAAAACUUUUUGAAAGUAUGACAAACACAAAUAUCUCAUGGAAACAUUUUCUUAGUUUGCUUCAUUUGGUAUCAGUAGCAAUCAACGAUAAUAAAGUGGAGAUUCUCCGCUUGAGAGCAAUUAUUAAAGAAACAUUUAACGAAAUUAUCAAACAUGGCCAAUUUGAAAAAUUUGUGCAACUGAUAUUAACUGCCAGAGAAAUAUGCGCAGCCAACAAACAUGUUCUUGGAGAAUACAGCAGUUGGUAUAAGGUAACCUUCGGGGAAAUGAGUUAUCGAUUAACUAAGGAAAACUUCAUUCUUGUGAUGGAAAUGAUGACUAAACUGAUACCACUGGAGGAAAGUUUAGAAUAUCUGCAAAUCCAUGUAAAAAUGGCAAUUUCUUCUCCUCCAAAAUGUAUGGAAAUAGUAGUAACCUAUAAGCAACUGUGCCGAGCGCAACUAAUGAAGUUAGAGAACAAAAGCGAAUGUGAAAAAAAUAUCAGCCAGGAACUCAUUGUCAUCGAUAAUGAAUAACGAUUAAUUUUAAAAGGAAUUUCAUUCCUUCCUUUACUAGCCAAGCAUCAAAAAAGCCUCCCUUUUAAAAUAAUUUGUUAUAGAAUCAGCGUCCUGUUUUUUCUAAGACUGAUUUCUGUUCCUCUGU